CAAUCAAAGAUCAGAGGAUAUUACAGCACUUCUUUUUUUAAUCUCAGAUUACAUUAAAUCAUAUUCAUGAGCCAACGUUUGCAGGGUUUGGUUCGGCCUUGUCACGCCUGUAUUAUGCCUGUCUUUCUUUCACUUUUCUCACUGCAACUCGUGGUUAGCAUGGCUACAUUCUUUUAUCUAAAUCUUUAUGAUAUUAGUAAAUAUCUGUGUUAUUUAGGACAAACUAGUAAUCCGUGUACGUCAUAUGAUUUAUUCGUGCAAGGUCGGAACGUCGUGGCGCAACGUCCGAGUUAAAUCCCCUUUAGCUCGUCUUGUUGUUUUAAAUUGCUUGCAUGUUUUAAAAAAAUGCUGGUAGAUCCAGUGUAACGUUAGUUAACAGGCUGUCGAAUGUCUGCUUGGAAGGCCAAUGACUGUAUAUUUUUUCGGUUUUACUUUCAAUAAAACCGAAACGGAAUGGUUUACGGAUAUUUUUGUGUGCUGUGCGGACUUUGACAGAAUUUAUAUUUUGUGAUAAAGCAUCAGAUUAAGGUAAACUAUGAACAGGGUUAUCAAUCGAGAUAUCAGUGCAUCGCGAUGACAUCAGUACAGUAAUAUUUGUAAAGCAAAGCAUUUCAAGGUCGAUAGUUGAUGUUUAACGUGUCCAUUGAAUUUUUGCUCACGAACGUUCAAUAAUUAGAUCGACUUCAGUGGAAAAAGGUAGUUUUAUAUGUGUAUUUUGGACUGAUUGUGUGUUUUUUUUUUUCGAGCACUCCUUUUCACUGGUCACUAAUUCUUUUGAAAUACUGCUGAUGUGACAUGAAUUUUAAAAGUUCCUAAACUGCAUCUGUCAAUGGUCCUAAUCUGGAAUUCGUACAGUGUACAAUUUUAAUCAUGAGAAAAAUAACUUAUUAAAAGAAAAGUAUUCACUUUUUCUUUUAUUAUUUGUGUGUGCUGUGCCUACACAAUAACUUUUUUGCUCAUACUAAACAGACAUCCAAGAUGUAUUUUUGAGGCAAUGUCCUCAUCCUUUUUUUUGUCCAACUUCUAAAGUCUCAUUGAAAAUAGCCCCCACGAUAACUAAUCAUUUUAAAUUUAUUUGCAUGUACAUUUUCACUUCUUUGCGAGAAGAUGCAAGUCUUGUUCACCAAAUGUGUUCUGUUCAGAUAAUCUCUCUUUGCACCCUAUUGUGUUUUACUUCUAGUCCAGCUAUUGCAGCUUGCUGCUAUGAAAACACUUUUGUGGGGUUGCAUUUGAUUUUUUGGAAGUUGUAUGGUUGAGUCCAUAACAGAUUAGCUUUAUCUGUUCUCCAUCAGAUUUGUUUCCAUUCCUGGAUGUGCCGUUAUUUAGAAUUAGUGCCAUUUGUCCUUGGUUUCUUCUUGGCCAAGAAUUUGCAUUACAUUCCCUGUCUUUCCUGGCCACGUUUAAGGAUCUAAAUUUGAUUCAAAUUCUUUUUCCUAUUGUACCUUCCAUAAAAAUACUUGUUACUUGUAUUGCUGGAACUUUUGAAUCUUCAUUUAAUGGUGUAAUUGGUCACCAAACUGUCCAUUUGUACCUCUGUUGCAUUUUAAUGAUAUUUGACCUUUAUUACCUACAUUGUGUCAGUUAUGGAGCUUACUGUCUUGCUUUCCUCUACCCCUGCUAACCAUUUUCGUGAGCAUUCUAGAAAUCAUUGCUCCAUUGUGUUUCUGCAGACUCGUUUCAUUCAGGAGGACCAAUCUUAUCCCUCAAGAUAAGUCUCUUUGAGAUCCAGACUUGUAUUCCAGACGGAUUGUCUUUAUGCGGACAUUUUUUGAUUCACUUUGUUUCUCUUAAUUCCCGCUCAUCUGAGAUUGUAUCAUUUCUAAGCCAUGUCCCAAAAGCUGACCAGUGAUGGUGCUCAGAAAGGCUUUGCUGUUGGCCGCGGGCUUCUGGCUGCUGCUGAGACUCUGAACUUUAGUAUGGGUGAGACGCACUCCGAUCACUACGGGUCCUCUUCCCAGUCACACAGCAGCAUGGCUAGUUUGGUCGGUGGCGAGGGAAAAGACCACGACUCCCAGCUGUCUCGACGAUCGGGCAGCCACAUUAGCAAUACCAUGAAACUCUUUGCCAGCCUUGGUCUGUCACCGACUGAUUUAGAUGCACUGGCACAAGUUCCAGAGGAGAACAUCAGCGUGGAGACCUUGCCCCAUCUUAUCAUGCAACUUAAGAACCGCAAAAUGGAAACCGGUCGCCGCAUGCCUAGCGAUCUGUCGAUCCGCUCUUCUGAGACUUCAUACAGAGGAGACCGAGAAGAUUGGAGUGAUAUGCAGGGCGGAAGAAUGGAGCGUUCUGGUGGGCAGUCUCAAAGCCGCUCACAGGGCGAAUUCGGUUAUAGUUCCAUGCGAGACUCGUCCGGUCGAGGGUAUGACAUUUUAGAUUACGGCAGCAGUGGCAGCAAAGACCGCCAAUAUUCUGAGCUUUCCAGUGAUUCCUACCGUGGCCUUGGCAUGUCCACGACAUCAGCAUCUGAUGACAUGUUCAUACAGAGAAGAAUGGGCACCCCGUCUCAGGGCAAAGUACAAGAUUUCUUGGGGGUCAUGCCCCUCAUGUUUCCCCAUGUGUGUGCCCUUUGUGAUUUUGAUGUGCACUCUACCAUGGAAUGGACUCAGCACACAACUGGCAUUCGUCAUUCUGAAAACCGCAGACUCCUCCUGCAAAUGUACCCGGACUGGGAUCCCCACAUGCCCUCUAGUCGCAUGUCGACGUCCAUUUCGCUCAACACAAAGAACCGUUCUGAUGGGUUGCUGGGAGCAGCGCCAGUCGGUGUUGGACUACAGAGAACAGGGAUGAGCUCCAACUGGGGUUCUAAUACCACUGUGGGAAUGACAAGUAAAACAACGUCAUAUUCGACAGCACCCAAGAUAAGAAGUAGGGUGGUCGUGGCAAAAUAUGAAAGAAAACCACUGUCCUCAAACAGCCUGUUCGCUUUGGCCAAACCCUUUGGCACGAUCCGAGAGCAUCUAGUACUGAAGAACAAGGCUUUCCUGGAGAUGCAGACCCAUGAAGAAGCUUUGGCCAUGGCUAAUCAUUACCAGCGUAAACCUGCCAUUUUGCAUGGGAAAGAGAUACAGAUUUAUUUGUCAAAGGAACUGCUGGUCAUUGAGAAAUCUGGAAAACCUGCAAAGAUACCAGAAAGUCCGGUGGUGUUUUUCUCCAAUUUGCCACAAGGGAAUGAAAAGAAAAUGGAGCUUCUCACUAUAGCUCGUCGAUUUGGCAUCGUUGAGAAACAUCUGUUCCUGAAUGAUGAGGCAUUUGUUCAAAUGAGCAAUCCAGAAGAUGCUGAAAUGCUGGUCAAGUACUAUACUCUCCAUCCAUUGACUAUCAACAGAAGAUCCAUCAGGCUGAACAUCUCUACAAAGUACAAGACUCUAAGGAUCUCACAAGGCAGGGGUGGACAAGGAGCGGAGGAGCCCACCCGCAGGACCAGCUGUAGCGCCAGCAGAUCUGGUGACAAACCUUCAUCAAAAAGCCAGAGGUCAUCUAGUUCCAAAGCCAGAGAAAAUUCACCUGAGAAAGAAGCGGAAUCAAAGCAGGAAGGUGAACCUGAGGUCCAAGGAGAUGGGUCAGGAGACGAAGAAACCGAUGUUAUGGAAGCACGUGAUGGAGACGAAGAGGCAUUAGAUGAAGAGCCUGAGGAUGCCAUCCUAUCCGGUGACCCAGAAGAAACCAGUAAACAAUCACCAGAUCCUGAUACCAACAUAAAGCAAGAAAACUCUGAAGACAAGCAAGGCUCUGAAAACGCGGAUAUUCUGGAAGACCAGGAAAACACUGAGGUGAAACAGGAGGAGGCUCAGAAGGAGGAAACUGCGCUUUCUGAGGCAGAGCAGGAGGAGGAGAAUGCAGAUAAGCUUCCUACUGAUUCCGAGGAACAGAAUGACGAACAAGUAGAGGAUGAGGUUCCUGAAGAAGACGAUACCCAUCAGGAGAGUCAUGGUGAAAUUGACUUUCCUGAGAACUUGGAUGAGUUUGUUACUCUUGAUGAGUUAGCAGAGGAGGAGGACUCUGAGAGACAAGACUCAAAGUCUAGAGCUAAAAACCCUUCAGGAAGCACCAAGGACGAUGGAGGAUUGAGAGUUGUCAAUGUUGUUGGCUUUAAGCGUGGCUUUGGUUAUCUUGAUGAAAUUCUUGCUCUAGCAAAGCCGUUUGGGACAGUGGUGCGGCAUCUGGUCCUGGACGUGAGGCCGGAGGCCUUUCUUCAACUUGCCAAUGAACAGGAGGCAAGAGCAAUGGCUGGUUUCUACAGUGGGAAUGUCAUGCCAUCUGUGUGUGGAAAACCAGUAAAGGUUUACCAUUCACAGAGUUAUCCGACCAUCCAGAGUGGCCGAGUCAUCUACAUUGGUAACAUUCCACAAUUCAAAGCAUCAGAUGCGGCAAUUCUAAAAAUCGCUGAGCCAUUUGGAAAAAUCAGAAGAUACUUUCUGAAUCGAUUACGCAAUGAGUGCUUCAUUGAGAUGGAAAGAGGGGAAGAUGCUGAGAAAAUGGCAGUAGCCUACAGGGAAAAUCAACCUAAAUUUGAAGGCAAACGUCUGCUUGUCUAUGUCAGCAGGAAAUAUAAGCAACUGAAACAUGGACACAGACCUCCAAGCCAAGAGUCUGAGGAGAAACGCCCAUCCAAGAGGGAACGACCUGAAGAAGAUGAGGCCCAGAGCAGCAGCUCUACCAAAAGUACCACCAAGCAAGAUGAAGAACCUUCUCCUAAAAAGGUUAAAGUGGAAAAGCCUGCCACUGAUAAACCUGAGGAGGUGAAGAAACAGGAAGUAAAGGAAAGUGUUUCUCUGGUAACUGCUCCAGAGAUGAACAAAGAACCAGAUGAGGAACAAAACAGUGAGACACCAGAGGUCCAGAAAAUGCAAACUGAACCUGAAACUAAAGAUGAGGCUGUUGUUACGCCCCCUGUUGCCGUGUCAGACAAGAGUUUGGAAACUGAGGAAAAAGAUAAUACAUUUGCAGCACCUGAAAAAAAGCUGGAAACUAGCCUUGCUACUCUUGGGCCACAUGACCCUAACGUCCCAGUUGGUGUGGAGUUUGUGAAGAUGGGAUACUACUGCAGAGUCUGCUUCUUGUUUUACUCUAAUGAGGAAACAGCUAAGAAGGUUCACUGCUGCAGUCAAGCACACUACGAUAAACUUAAGAAAUAUUUGGAAAAGGAGAAAGCCAAAGCACAGACUAAUGGAGGAAAGAAGUGAACCGUUGCCGCUUGAUAUAACCGAUAUGAUUUUAUUCUAAGAUGACGUGAAAUGUUUAAACGGUGUAUCCAAUGUUUGAUUUUUCCUUAAAAAAUUGUUAGACUGAGAAAUUGCUUUUUUUUGCUGAUGAAUGACAAUUACGUAAAAAGCAUUGUAAAUGUGUAGUUUGACAUUUUAUGCCCUGAAUGCUACUGCAGUCUCUUUGUUUUUCCUCUUAUUAAACAAAACAUUCCUCAGA